GCGAUCAAUAAUUCUUUCACUUCAAGACCUCAACAAUGGAAAAAACUUCAAGAGAUCGUUUGUACUGUAAAUUCAGAUGCUCGUGAAAAAUUGUUAACUUUUAUGCAUAAAGUUUCUUCGGAUGGCGGUGAAGUUGAUCAUAGAAAAACUUUUAUAAAAAAUUAUCUGAUGCCACAACGUCAGGUUUAUUUGAAACUUUUCUCAUUAGUUAAAUGGUCUGAAGGCGUCAGAUUAACGGUAGUUUUUGAUUGUUGUCAUUCAGGAACCGUUCUCGAUCUACCAUACGUCUACUCAACUCGUGGUGUAAUCAAACGUCCAAAUUCCUUUAAAAAAAAUGUGUUCUCGGUUGGUGUAAAAUAUUUACAUGGAGAAGUCGAAGGGUUGAAAAAUACUCUGUCGAAUGCGUUCUCUAGUUCAAAAAUUCGUAGAAAAAAUAUAGAAACAAGGGCGAGUCCUGCUGAUGUUAUAAUGUUUAGUGGGUGUAAAGAUGAACAAACAUCUGCUGAUGCACAUGAAGCAGGUCAAGCUACUGGUGCAAUGUCUCACGCUUUGGUUAAAUCUUUAACACAGAAUCCACAUCCUACAUACAAAGAGCUGUUAAUCUCGAUUAGAGACAUUCUUAAAGCAAAAUAUGCUCAAAAGCCUCAAUUAAGCGCAUCACAUGAAAUGAAUAUGAAUGAUGUUUUCAAAAUGUAA